CAGCUGCAGCGGCUGAAAGUGAACUGGAUCUGGAGGAGAUUCAGCGACUGAUGUCCCAGGCAGCUAAAGAGAUUGAGCUGGAUGCUCAGAGAGUCCUGAAAGGUUUGCAGCAGGACAAAGUCUUGAUGGAUAAGCUGAAGGAGCUUCAGAAACAACAAGCUGACAAGUCUUCCAUUGAUUCGGACACUGUGGACUCUGACGCUGACAACACUGCUCAGACUGCCGGCGCUGCAGGCAUGGUUGAUGUCAGUGAUGAUGAGGAUGAUGCAGAUAAAGAUUCUGCCAAGAAAAUUGUUCAACAGUGCUUGGAUGAGGUGAAAAUUGAUGCAGCCGUUGAGAAGGCAGACAAUAAUACUGAGUUGUCCAGCAAACAGAAACACAAAGGGAAGAAGUUGAAGCGUAAAGAGAACUCAACCUCUGCCUCAGCUGAACUGAAACCUUCAAACUUGGAGCCGCCAUCCAAGGCAGAGCUGGCAGACAGUGACUAUGAUGACCCAGACGAACUUCCCUACUGUUGUAUUUGUACAGAGGACGCCACUGUCCGCUGUCGAGACUGUGAUCUGGACCUGUACUGCCAGAGAUGUUUCAAGGGCUGCCAUGAAGAGAUGGAGAUCACAGAUCAUCGAACUGUUCCCUACACACCACCUAAAGGCUACAGAUAA